AAUAUUAUCGGUAACAGAGUAAAACCUUUGGGUGCCCUAAGGGUUUAUGGCAUGGAAUGGCGCCGAGAGGUAUGGGAGAAUGCAGCGCCUAGGCGCGCGGAGGCUCCUCCUGCCAUGCCCUAGAUCGCUGCGAGAUGGAGCUCCUUCGCCUCCCCGUUCAGCAUUUUCGCCCGGGAAUCGCCUGCUACACGGCUGCGCUGGAAUAUUUCCAGGGUCUGGAGCAGCAAGAUCGAUUCGGGAUGGAUCGCCAUUGCCUCUUCGAACGAUCUUCUCGUCGCAAAAUCGUCGGCUACACUGCUGCGGUCGAGUAUUUCCAUGCGCUGGGGCCGCGAGAUUGCUUGUGCCUCAGAUAUUUCCCACUGUCUCGAGCACUCCGUGGAGAAUCCAGAAGAGAUUCAUGGGAGGAGCAAAGAAGAGCAUGGCAAGGGCCAGGAAGAAUUUCGCCAAGAAGGUCAGGAAGCAGAUCCGAGCUAAGCAGCUCAGCCAGAGGCCACAGAUUGCAGCUCUGGACGUCCAUCUCCGGCGGGAGACGAGAAUGCGAAUGGUAUGGAACGUGAAGCUCAUUCUAGCGUCCAGAGAUGGACAUGUGAUACCGUCCACGGAGUUUACCAGGCUAGCCAGAGACCUCGGCUUUCCCAAGGCCAAGCUCUUCGCGGAUUUCGUCAAUAGCUUCCCAGGAGUUUUUAAGAUCUCCAGCGACCAGGAGGACAGGCGAGUAAGAUGGCUCGAGUUUACAGAGAAGGCGGAGCUCCUGAUCGACCAGGAAGAAAAAGUUAUGAGAGAAUACCACGAGCCUCUCAUCGUCCGGAACCUGAGGAAGAUCUUGAUGAUGGUGCCCGCGCAUCGAGUUCUUCUCACGAAGCUCUCUCACAUACGAUCGAGCUUGUGGAUGCCUGACAACUUCAAGACGGCCAUCCUGCCAAAGUAUCCGCAGUACUUUACGGUCACCGGAGCUUACUUGGAGCUAGCAGCAUACGAUAAAGCUCUCGCUGUUACCACCAGAGAGCUCAACCAAAGGAUGAAAGGUGGCGGCAAGGCUGGCGAUCGUGACAAGUACAGCUUCAGGAUCUGCGUUGAGCCACACACGGUUCUCCAUCGUAGCAUUCUGAAGAGGAUCUUGAGCUUCCAGCGGCUUCCGUUCCCAAGCCCCUACGAGCCUGUCGCCGAGCUCGACCUCCGGUCCAUGGAAGGACAGAAGCGUGUGGUUGCCAUCUUCCACGAGUUCCUCAGCUUGACAGUCGAGAAGAAAGCGUACGUAGAUCACGUCGGGUUCUUCACUCGUGAUCUUGGUCUUCCCCAGAAGCUGGAAGACAUGCUCUGCCGCUUCCCACACAUCUUCUACGUGAGCAUGAGGGGCGAUCGGCACGUCGUCUUCCUCAAGGAGUACUACCGGAAGGGCCAACUUAUUGAGAAGCAUCCUCUCUUCACCAUCAAGCAGGAGUUUGGCAGGCUCAUGGACUUCAGGGUGUUCAGGGAGAGCCGUCCAAGGGAAGUGAGAGGCAUCUGUGCGGAAAGCUUUGUCGCGCCACGGCAGCCAGUGUCGGAAACUGGUUGGAGCUUCCCAUUUCCUCCGGCCCCGCAAGGAUGCGCUCUACAAACUCGUCAAGGAGACGUGCCACAGGCUAAAGUUGGCGAGGUUGUCGAAGCAGCAACAGUAGUGGAUCCUGUCAAGGGAGCAAAUGCACCGCUGACGAAUGGUGCCAAUCCUCGCUCUCGAGCUGUCAUCCUGAAGAAGCUCGGACUUUUCAGUGACGACGAGAAAUCCGACGAAGAAGGAAGACAAUCAGUAGCGCCUGCAACAGCUGUUGAAGAUAGAGCACCAGAUUCGGAGAUAUUUUUGCAACUGGGCUUCGAUGACGAGGAUGAAAGUCCGAAAGAUGUUUCUGCAACACCUGGAAAGCAGCCAAGUCUGGGAGCGAAGCUGGGAUUUUGUAGCGAUGACGAAAACUCUGACGACGAAAGGCGACAAGUUAGUAUCGGUGGAGGAGGUGGUGGUGAUUCCUGGAGCUGGAAGGCACUUCAGCCCAGUCCGCAGGAGGAGCCGCCGCUGGAACGAAAGAGGAAGAAGCGCGUGUCCAAACCAUUCUGGGAGAAGAAACCAUUCGACGGUUUCAACGAUCCAUUCUUCUAAGCAGCUCGAGAGGCGAACAACGAUUUUUUU